AUGAAGGGCCACGAUGGUGACUGCCUGGACACUCGCAUGGCCGACGUCAAGUCCAUCGCGAGUCAGUAUCGUGCUGCCAAGAUCCCUUCAUUGCUGGAGAUCGCAGCGUCCAAUUACGAUGCAUUUCUAAAUGCAAACCAAUACAUGGUGAAACUGUCGGAAUUAUUUUUAGACGACAAGCAAAUCUGGGGCAUCAUUCGUGCUAUAUCGAGCAACGCCAAGGCCUCGGGUCAGCCAUGCUCCGUUGCAUCCAUCGACAGGGACAUCAAGGACGCACUCGCGACGCGACACCUUCGUUUGCUUGCACUAGGCGAACAUGGGACUGCUGAUGCACACUCGCUCGCAUUUUAUUAA